AUGGCCGAGUCGAAAGAAGAAGCACAGCAACAACCCAUCACAACCUCAUUCGACAAAUUCUCGGCCGUCUUCGCGCAUCGCAACGUCGCCAACACUGCCAAACACCUCAUCCUGUACAUCAAGCCCGAUUCACGAAUCCUCGACAUAGGCUGCGGCAUCGGCUCCAUCACCAUCGACCUCGCCCAACGAGUGCCGAAGGGCUGCGUCGUAGGCCUCGACAUCAGCGAAGAAUCCAUCAAAACCGCCCGCGCCGCCGCCCAAAACCUCAACAUCACCAACAUAACCUUCCACACCGCCUUCGUGUCCGACCUCACCAACCCCACCAUCUUCCCUCGACAAACCUUCACCAUCGCCCACCUCCACCAAGUCCUCCUGCACAUCCCCUCCCCAACACAAACCCUCCAGCACAUCCUCCCCCUCCUCAUCCCGAAUAGAAGCCUGAUCUCCACCGUCGACUCCGCCCACCUAACCUCCACACCCAGCGGCCCAACCAUGCACGAAAACUUCACCCGCUUCCAAGCCUCUUCCCCAGGAGAAGUCUUCGGCGCCGGCACAAUCCACCACGUGUGGAUGCACGACGCCGGGAUCCCCUGGGAGUGCAUCGAGACGGGGGUGCAGGGGGUCAAUGUCUUUGGGGAGGGGGAGGAGGCGCGGGGGAAGAAGCGGGCGGGGAUGGAGGGGUAUGUGGGGAUUGCGAGGCAGAGGGGGGAGUGGGAGGAGUUUUUGAGGGAGUUGAGGGCGGAGUGGGAGGGGUUUGUGUCGAUCCGGCGGGGAGGGUGA